AGUUUGUCCGAUUCUUUCUCGUGUUGCACUCAGCGAAUAUGCCUCCUAAGCAACAGCAAAAGGGUGGGAAAACUUCCCAAAAAGCCAGUAAGCCUUCGGGUUCUGGCAAAGCCAAGAAGAAGAAGUGGUCGAAGGGAAAAGUUCGCGACAAGUUGAACAACCUCAUCCUGUUUGACAAGGCUACUUACGACAAACUGUACAAGGAGGUGCCAAACUACAAGCUCAUCACUCCGGCUGUCGUAUCGGAAAGAUUGAAGAUCCGUGGUUCCCUUGCAAGACGUGGGCUUAUUGAACUAUUAAACAAAGGUUUGAUCAAGCAAGUCAUCCAACACAGUUCACAGGUGAUUUACACCAGGACCACUGCAGAGGAGGCGUGAAAUAAAAUUGCGAUCGUUUGAA